AAUAUGUUACUUAUCUUUUAUUGUUGUGGUAUGGCCAAAUUGACAGAUACAUGGGCAAAUUAGUAGAGGCGUAAUAGGUUAGAUAAACCCAUAACUACCGAGAAACAUAAACAGGGACCGCAGAGAAGGCGAUGCUAGUUUAUUUGGGACCCUUUUCUUCACUUUAGCUGACAAGUUCUUAAUCCACCAUGCAUUCAACAGCAUUGUUUGUUUGUCUGUUCCUAGCAACGGCGUCUGGUAUGACAAUAUGGAAACCCAAUAUGCCAGACAAUAAAUACAAGUUAAAGAAUGAAGCAACAAUUGCCUCCCCUGAAUUAAUGCCCGUGACAGCAGGAGGAUCCGUUCAAGCAUCAGCUUCGAACAAUAUGGUUGAGAAUAUGGUUGCUGCAAGUAUAGCUACAGAGGGAGACACAAAUCUUGUAGAGGGUGCAGCAGAGGUUGCUGGUAACGUUGUUGAGGGUGCACAGGAAAUGGCAGGAAAUGUUGUUGAAAACGUGCAAGAGGGGGCUGAAAAUGUAGUCGAGGCCGUUGGUAAUGUUGGAGAAAACAUUGCUGAAGUCGGAGCAAACGCUGUGGAAAAUGUUGCAGAAGGUAUGGAGAAAGGAGCAGAAAUGAUUGCAGAGGGUGCUGAAAAUGUCGUAGAGGGUGUAAAAGAAGUCAUUGACGAUGGUUUACCCAAUCCGCUCUUGUCAGGAAGAGGUGACACAGAUAAUACAUUAGACAUUGGGGAAGUUGAUGAUAAAGAGUUAGAGAUGGAAACUUCUCUCAGAGACAGCAAAAGUCGAGAAAUUGGAGCUUCUGGUCGUCUGCGUAUUAGCGGAGACUCGGGUGAAGAUUCAAAUGGUGACGGAAAUAGCGACAGCGAGGAAAUAGAUUCUAAUUCUGGAGAAGAUUCAAACGGCGACGGCGACAGCGACAGUGAAGAACGAGGAGGAAGAUCAUACUACAGUCGCCGAAGAUCAUCAGAUUCUGGUGAAGAUUCAAAUGGUGAUGGAGACAGUGAUAGUGAAGAGAGAAGUGGAAGACGCCGGGGUAGCAGACGAGGAAGAUGGUGGAGACGAGGUGGAAGGGGUUCUGAUUCUAGCGCGGAUAGUGGAAGUUCAAGCCGAGGCUCUGAUUCCAGUGACGAAAGCAGUGACAGUGACGGGGACGACAGCGGGUCAGACUCCAGCAGCAGUGACUCUAUGGAAGAUGAUUUCGAUUACUUUGAGGAUAUGAAUGAUUUUUGGAUGAAUGGUGGCUCCAGAUCUUCAAGCAGACGAAGUGAAAAUGGAAACCUUAAUUUACAAACAUCUAGUCAAUCUAGUUCCAGUCCAGGUUAUCAAAGAGGGGACAUGAGAAGAAUUAUCUCCCAGAUCAGAAACAAUGGCGGAGCAGUCAUUUCUCUACCCGAGGCCAGGUCUAAUACCAUGGUUCAUUUCUUUGUCAAAUGGAGAAAGUCAAAUAUUUCUAGGAAAGGACAGAAAAUGUUUAUCAGAACACCCGAGGCAACUGUUGCAAUUUUACGUCACCCAAAUCGUCGAAAUUAGUUUAAAUUGAACAUAUUCAAGUUACCUUGCACAGAUACAUUGUAACUCAUGUAUAUAAAUGAAGCACACGUGAAUGUUUAAAAAAGUGUUAAUCUCUGACAACAUGAUAUCAUAUACUCUCAUUUGAUGAAAACAUUUUACAAUAAAUAAUUAGGCUUAUACGUUGUUA